GAGGGCGUGCUGCGUAUGCGCACUGUGUCUCCACCAAGAUGGCGGGGGCUGGAGAGCUCUGUCUGGGGGAGCUACCUACUGACCCUCUGCUGCUCAUCCUGUCCUAUCUCGACUUCCGGGAUCUCAUCAGUUGCAGUUUCGUCAACAGACGGCUAAACCAGCUGUCCAGCCAUGACCCUCUCUGGAUGCGACAUUGCCGGAUUUAUUGGCUGGUGGCCAAGAACAAGAAGGCACCAAAGUACCAAAAAUGGAGGGCAACAUUCAUAGAUUACUACAACAACCUGGGCCGAUAUAUAAAUCACUAUGCCACGUUGAAGGCCGCGUGGGAUUCGCUCAAGGGGUUUCUUACAGAAAGAUGUCCACGGAUGCUCAGCUCACUGAACGAUGGAGUGAGUGACGAAGAUCUAGAUGCAGUGGAAAACCGAAUAGGCUGCAAACUCCCAGAGGAUUAUCGGUGUUCUUUGCGGAUUCACAACGGACAGAAGCUUAUGGUUCCUGGGCUAAUGGGCAGUAUGGCUCUGUCAAAUCACUAUCGAUCUGAGAACUUGCUGGACAUAGACACUGCUGAAAACGGAUUCCAGCGCAAGAUGGGCCUUGCUUACUGUCUACCGAUAACCAUCUGCAUCCACACUGUGAUCAGUCAGUACAUGGCUUUGGCAAAUACUGAAGGAAGACAUCGCGAUGAGAUCUUCUAUCAGUGCCCAGAUCAGACAGCACACAGCCCUCAUGUCAUUGACUUGUUCAUUACAGGUACUUCAUAUUCCCAGUGGUUCACAUCCUAUGUGGAACGUGUUGUCUCAGGUUACUAUCCAAUCAUCAGGGACCAGGUCUUCAGGUAUGAACAUGAGAGAGACUGUGUGGCAGUUACUGAUGAGAUCUCUGUGUCGGUGUCUACAUCUUUCCUCCCCGAACUGAGCUCCAUACACCCGCCGCAUUACUUCUUUACUUACAGAAUCAGGCUUGAAAUGUCCGCAGAUGCAUUGCCUGAAAAAGCGUGUCAACUUGACAGCCGCUACUGGAGAAUAACAAAUGCCAAGGGGGAUGUUGAAGAGGUCCGAGGUCCAGGAGUAGUAGGGGAUUACCCCGAGCUCAGAGCAGGCCGUGUUUAUGAAUAUACAAGCUGCACCACCUUCUCCACAACGUCUGGCUACAUGGAGGGAUACUAUACAUUCCACCGCGUGCAUAAGAAAUCAGAAGUCUUCACUGUUGCCAUUCCCCGGUUCCACAUGAAGUGCCCUGCUUUCAAAGUGUCUACUAUUACAACUGAAGAAAACUACAACCAUUGCUUUCUACAUGACGAUGAUUCUACUGACACAGAUGACUAUGAGGAUAGGCGGAGGGUUUUCGAUAUGCCCAAUCCACCUGUCCACUGUCCACGUUUUACAUGAGCAAUUCCCUCUUUAAUGUGGGUGACAUUGAAUACAAAAAGCAUACUUUGCAGCAUUUUGUGCAGUAUUCUUGUGCUUUUUUUUUUUUUUUUUUUUCCCGUUUCUUUUCUAACUUUCCUUUCUCUGGUGGGUUUGCUGUUCAGAGUUGGAUCGUCUUGUGACAUCAUCAUUGCUCUGCGCUUCUGAAAAAAAAACGCUGUCAUUGCCCAGGAUAACAGCUGGCCGCACUGCUUUUUAAUCCAUUUGUUUAGACGUGGUAGAUUAUGUGAAAUGAUCUCCUUUUAAUUUAAUUAUAAUUUCCGCUAAUAAAUUUAAGGAGAUGCAGUUUUCUGUGUGGGGGAGGGGGGGAGUUUUCUCAUAUCAUUGUUGAUAUUUACAGGGAUCGUCUAAUGGAUUCAAAUGAAUGCAGACUUUUAACGUCUGUCUGCAGUGCACCAUUAUAGUGAAAACUAAUAUUGCAUUUAUAGGUUUAUACUUCUAAUCGUGAGAUAAGCAGGUCUUCUGUAAUACAGCAAUGUCCCAAAUGUGCAUUUAAUGCCUUUCAGCAAUUAUAUAGGCAUGGCUAAAAACAUCAUACUAGGCUGAAAAUGUAAAAAUAAAAAAACAAAAAACAAACUGACUUGUACUUUGUGCGUAACAGUGGAUGAAUAUUAACAUUUACUAUUCAGUCCUCUUUUUCCCAGAAUAUGAAACGUGUAAAGACAUUUGUCUGCGCAAUUCAAAAUAGACCCUUUUUGCAUAGCUUUUAAAGGUGUCUGAACUUGGGAUGUAAUAAAGUUCACAUAACAACAUGU